CGUUUCGCCCGCGCCGCCACGACCUCGUGGCCUCUACAAAUACACAAGCCACAGCCAUGAACGUAACACCAACCAACCCAAGUAACCAACCACAGCAACACAAGCAGCCGCGACCGCGAGACGAAGGGGGAGAGAAGAUUACUAAAGAGGAGAGGGGUUUUGUGGCAAAAAUGGAGGGGCUGAUCCCGUUCGUGAUCGACGCGAUCAGGAGGAGCAACGAUCAGCGCGGCGGCUACCGCGGCGUGUCGUCGCAGGACGGGAGCUCCCACGGCGGCGGCGGCGGCAGCAGGAGGCACCUGAUCGACUACUGGGAGCUCGCCGGAUCGGCGGCGGAGGACGCACGGCCGGGCUCCGUCCAGGAGACCGGUGCUGCCGAGGACGAGCGAAGCCGGCCGCCGGCCGCCGUGGUUGCCGCCGGGUCAGCUUAUCGCCGGAAAUGAGCAACACGGGAGGAGGACCAUUAAGUUUGAAGGAUGGUUUUGCAAAUUUGCACCGUUAUUGAUUUAUUAGGUUUUGUUACUUUGGUUUAAUUUGCUUGAUUUGUUGUUAGCCAUGUAAGAAACAAAGUUCCGAUUCUACCUACGAGCGUAAGAUGAAGGUGAUCACCGCUCAUAUUUUCACUAGUUCUGCCAAUCAUUCGCCUACAUUUAUCUUUUGACUUGUAUUCGAAAAUGUACAUGACCAUACAUAUAAAAUGGAGAAAAAAACCAAUAACGAAUUGUCAACUCAA